GGAGAGAAUAAUUGGGAGUGGAGAACAAUUCGACAAGCUCUAGAUAUUUCGUUUUUGUUCCUAUAAAUAGAUUCCUCGAAGCUCUCUGUUUCCUCAAGAGCCAGUAACAAACUCAAGAAAAAACAAGCAACAUCCGAAAAAAUCAACUGAAAAUGUCGAUGAUUCCGAGCUUCUUUGGAAACAACAGGCGUGGCAGCAGCAACAGCUUCUUCGAUCCGUUUUCUCUAGACGUUUGGGAUCCGUUCAAAGACUUUCCCUCGUCUCCUUCGUUUCCCCGGGAAAGCUCCGCGAUCGCGAACGCGCGCGUGGACUGGAGGGAGACUCCCGAGGCGCACGUGUUCAAGGCGGACUUGCCUGGGCUGAAGAAGGAGGAAGUGAAGGUCGAGGUCGAGGACAACAGCGUGCUGAAGAUCAGUGGUCAGAGGCACGUGGAGAAGGAGGAUAAGAGCGACACGUGGCACCGCGUGGAGAGGUCGAGCGGACAGUUCACGAGGAGGUUUAGGCUGCCGGAGAACGCGAAGAUGGAUCAGGUGAAGGCUGCGUUGGAGAACGGAGUUUUGACUGUGACGGUGCCUAAGGUAGAGACGGAGAAGGCUGAUGUCAGAUCAAUUCAGAUCUCUGGCUGAUUCACCGCAACCAUGGUUCGAGUUUUUUUAUGUGUGUUUGUGUGUUCCUUGUUCUGGUUUAACUGAGUGUGUCAUGUCCUGUCUGAAGUUGAAGGUUGCAAGUUUGAAAGAUGAUGUAUUUAUGCUAAAAUAUUCAAUAAAUAGUAUUUUAAAGCC